AUGUUGAAAAUAAAACAUUAAAUUACUGUUAGUACGACUAUAUUAGAUGAAGACGACAAAUUACCCGAGUUACAAAUAACAACGGUAUUCGAGUUUGGAAGUAAGGAAGUACUGCUAAAAUCUAUUAACACACAAAUCGUAGAAAUUAUUAAUCAAGAAAUGUCUAACAUCGAUGUUAUAGAUAGAUUAAUUUCGUUAAUAAACUCAAUAUAUAGGUGUACUGACUAUCAUUUUGAAGGAAGUAAAAUAUAUCUUUUUGGAUCACGUAUGUCAGGUCUUGCACUUAAAGAUAGUGACGUGGACUUAUACUUUUCUAUCGCUGGAACUUUUGGCGGAGCAUUAAGUAAUAAUCGCUAUUUUCAAAAGGAACUAGUACGUUACUUCGGAAAAAUAUUUUGUUGUCAAAAUAAUGAAUAUAAAUAUAUACGACAAAUAACUAGGGCACAUGUGCCUAUAGUCAAAUUUUUACAUGUCCCUACUGGCCUAAAUUGUGAUUUAUCUUUCAAAAGUGGUCUCUGUACAUUUAACACUAAACUAGUCAGAUUGUAUUUAUCAUUGGAUGAACGUGUUCACUGGGUAGUUUGUGCAGUCGUUAAACGUUGGGCGUUACAAAAUGAUAUGAAAAAACAAAGUAUGUUUACUAGCUUUGCUUUAGCAUGGUUGGUUAUCUAUUAUUUGAUGGUGACUGAAAUUGUACCUCCAUUAAAAUUACUCAGAGAGCAUGCAGAUUAUUCAAAGAAUACAUCUGAAUCAGAUUUAAUGUUCAUAGAAGAUUGGGAUUGUACCUUCUGCACUCUAGAAAAAGCCAAACAAAUUUGGGAAGUGCCAAUGAUUUCUUGUUGGGACUUAUUAUUUGGAUUUUUUAAAUAUUAUUCAGACUUUGAAUAUCUUAAGAAAUUUGUUUUUUGUCCAGCUAUUGGAAAAGCCAUACCUAAAGACUAUUUUCACGAAGUUCCAAUCUUAAAACCAGAUAUAUUAGGUUUUCAAAAAAAAAAUGGUAACUGUGUUGAGUGGUGUACAAUGUUAAAAAAUAAAUUUCAGGGUGCAGGUCUUGCACUACAAGAUCCUUUUGAUCUUUUCAACAAUUUAACAAAAUGUAUAGUGCCUAGAAAACUACAAACCUUCUCUCAUUUAUGCAAUAAAACUAUGGAAGUUAUGAACAAUGAAGUCCAAAAAAAUAUUAUUUAA